AUGACUGAAAGCAAUCGAGUGGAUGCAGAUCGACGUUCAGAAGAUUAUUUAAUGGUACAUCCGAUGGAAUUGUGUCUUGCUAUUAGCGCAUACUAUAUAUUUGUAAAACAUCUGGGUCCUAAAUUAAUGGAAAAUCGCAAAGCGUUCGAACUGAAAAGUAUUAUUUUAGCCUACAAUGCCGCGCAAGUGAUUUUCAAUAGCACUCUAUUUAUACUGGUCUGCUACUACAUUAAACUUUAUAAACCUUAUCAACGCCUGAGUUGCAUGAUGCCAGUGAUGGAUCGCACAAAAGAAGGCAUGCUGGAGCUGAACUUUUCCUACGCCUACUACCUGUUGAAAUAUGUUGAUUUUGCCGACACCAUCUUCUUUGUGCUGCGCAAAAGUUACAAUCAAGUGAGCUUCUUGCACGUCUACCACCAUAUCAUGAUCAACGUAUCUUGCUUCGUUUACUUACGUUACUUGCCCGGUGGACACGGUGCGGUGUUAGGCUUCCUUAAUUUAAAUGUGCACAGUAUGAUGUAUUUCUAUUAUUUCAUAUCUGCGAUACGACCGAAAUUAAAGCAAUCAAUAUGGUGGAAGAAGUACAUUACUCAGGCACAAUUACUUCAAUUUCUAAUUCUGUUGUUACAUUUUACUCGGGCUCUUUUUGAUGCGGAGUGCGAAUAUCCAAAAGUGGCUAUACUUUUCGCGAUACUUCAAGCGGUGGUGAUGUUGGCGCUGUUUUCGGAUUUCUACUAUAAAACAUAUGUGCGCUCAAAUAAAGGGGCAGCAGCAGUAAAAAUAAACGAUAAAAAUCUAACAGCAUGCAAUGGAAGAAAAAUUGAGAACAAAUCUAUGUGAAACAGAAACA